AUGGCGGCGGCAUUCGCUGCAGGGGGCUUCUGCCUCACGAGGUACAACGUCGGCGGGGUCGAGGGCUAUCAUGAGCGGGUGAUCCUCUACGGGGCGGGCUACGUGCUGACGCCAGACAUGGACGACUACGGAGAGGGCCUGACGCCGGACGCGGACAUCCACAGCGUGCGGCCGAUUGCCGGACAGGGAGGCCGCGCCGGGGGGAUCGCGGAGGCUCGGACGUACCGCUUCCGCCGCCUGCCGACGCCGGCGGAGCUGUGGGCCGCGCUGCGCAGGGGAGCAGCCGAGGGGUUCGGCGUGCUCCCGGCCUCGCCCUUCAAGCUCGACCUCUCGGCCGCGAAGUGUGAGGGGCGCCCCGCCGGGCCGCUGGAGGUCGCGGACCCAGUCGCGGCCCUGGCCCCUGCGGCGGCCUUCGCGGGCGCAGCGGCGGCGCCAGCUAUGGCGGAGCCUGCCGAGGCGGGCGGACCGCCAGUGGCCGCCGCGGCCGUCGUCCCGGCCGCGCCGGAGGGGGCGGUGGCGGCCGCCCCUGGGCGUGCGCCCGCGGUUCCCGACGGCGCCCCCGUCCCGCCGCUGCCCUCUGGGGCUGCGCCGCCAGGCUGGUUGUGGGUCGCCGCCGAGGACGUCGACGGGCUCGUGGCGUACGGGGAGGAGCUCCAGGUGGGUAUCGCCGGCGGGGUGCAGCUGGCCUGGCGUUCAGGACGGCGAGGCGGCUUCUUGCUCCCCGCUGGUGGCGCUGCCUUCGGGGUGCUGCUGCAGCAUAGCGAGGUGGCGUACUUCAGGCAGGAGUUCCGGGGUAACGACGCACGGACGCUGGAGGUGCCCGCCUCGGCUGCGGCUUCAAGCGGGCCUGCGCGUGACUGGCGCGAGGUGGUCCAGCUGUGCCACCAGGAGCAGAUGGCCGACUUCGCGGUGCCCGGGCCACCGACUGCCGCUUGGUGUGCGAAGUACCAGGUGAAGGAGGGUGGCCCAUCCCUCCAUCAUGAUAUGUGGAAGAGCCGCAGGAAGCUCGCCUCAAUGGACUUCGGGGUCGACAUGCACGAUGCCCUCUCGCGCAUGAUUGAAGCCAUGGGAGUGUCGGACCACCUUGACGUCUUCAACUUGGCGAGCGCGGAGAUUGGAUAUCGCAAGCUCCAGUUGAUCGAGCACUACUGGGACGACCGCAGUGCAGAGCAGCAGCAGAACAACAGCAAUACCCCCUUGGAGGAGAGCCAGGCCUUCAUGGGCGGGGCUCGCGCGCCUUCGAUGGUGCGCCCAGAGCUGCUCGACGCUGCGUCGAAGGAUUUGGAGCGCAUCUCAAGCAUCAAGAAGAACGCCAGGAAGCUGAGGGAGGAGCAGGCCGCCGCCGCGAAGGCCAAGGGGCGUCGGGCGCAUCAGGGCGAGCUUCUCACCGAGCUCGUCGUCGCGCUCAAUCAGCUGGAUGCCGGCUCGGACCUCGUUCGCAGGCAGUGCGAGGGCGAGCCCAGCAGGAUGCAGCAGCUAUGCCUGGAGCGCCUCGCCGAAAGCUGCGCGGCGAUGGGCGCUCCGCCUUCUGAUUUGUCGUCCGAGGUGGCCCUCCGGGAGCUCCGGGUCGGCGCCGCCUGCGGGGACUGCGACCCCAUCUCGGCGGCCCCCUUCGCGCGCGACCUCGUCUCCUUGCCGGCUGUCGGUGGCGCCCGGGUGCCGCUGGACCAGCUGCUCGGGAAGGGCGGUCCAGAUAUCGUGCGGAGGUUCAUUUCUUCCAAGGUUUUGUCAAAUCAUGAUGCCGCUGAGGCGAAGAAGGACUCGGGUUUUGCGCGGCCGUACCUGGAUCCAGUUCUCCGUCGGCGUGAAGACUACCUCGCCUUCAUCCGCCGACUGGGCAAAGCUAACAUGCUGGAUUUCAGGCUCGACGGCGACGACUUCGAAGAGGUCGGGCUUUUCGCAGUUUGGAAGAAGGGCGGUCGCCAACGUCUGGUGAUCGAUUGCAGGGGAUCCAAUUUACAUUUUGCAGAACCUAACAAGACCAGCCUCGCUAGCGGGGCCAGCUUCAGUCGCAUGGAGCUUCAAGAGGGUGAGCAGUUGUGGGCGGGGGGCGUGGAUAUAGCCGACGCGUUGUACAAUAUGGGUUUGCCUGGUGAACUUCGACGCUACUUUGCUCUUCCUCGAUUGCGUGCCGCUGACCUUGGCCUCAAGGUCGUCGAGGGCCAGUCCGUGUCGAGCCGAGCCUGGGUCCGCCCGUGCUUGGCGGUCUUGCCAAUGGGCUGGUCGCACGCUCUCGAUUUCUGUCAGCGGGUACACCGCUCGAUCGUGCUGGAAAAAGGGGACUCCCUGGGGCAGCUGAGAUCAUUGACGGACGGAGCUUUCACGGCCUACGUCGACAACUUCGUCGCCUUCGGCACUGGGCCCGAGAGGCCUGGUGAGAUGUUGGACGCAGCUCGAAAAGCCCUGGAGGGUGUGGGCCUGCCGGUGCACCCGGCCGAGACGCCUGUCACCGUUUCGGAGCAGCUGGGCUGGGUCUUCGACGGCGAGCGAGGGGCCUUGCGCCCCAAGAGUCGGCGUGCUUGGAGAUUGAGGCAGGGGAUCCUGGAACUCUUGAAGAAGGGGUACGCCACGGGUCGCCAGAUCGGAAAGGUUGCUGGACAUUAUGCCUUCAUCGCUCUCGCUCAGAGGCCUAUGCUCUCCGUCUUCAGCGCCGUAUACAGUUUCUCCCGGAAGUACUUCUCCCGAGAGCCGGAGAUCGUCGACGACUUCGAGGGGGAGAGCGCGGAGGGCGAGAGCUGGCCGUCCGUGGGCCCGCCAGCGGCCCCCUCCGGGGCGCCCGGCGCCCCCCGGCGGCUGCGGGGCAAGCGGGCGGCCGACGGGGGCGAUCCUGUUCUGUCGGCGGUGCGCCGGCCUCGCCACGUCGGGGCGGCUGCUGCCGCCGCGCGGCGGCAGGGGCGCCCGGCGCCGGCGCGGAGAGCUGCUCGCGCGGCUCGCCAGCGGGCGCGGGCUGCGCCCCUGGUCACAGGGGGGGCCAUUCUGCAGGGCGCCUCGGUGGCGCCGAAGACGGUCGCGCAGUGCGACGCGCUGUGGCAGGACAUCUUUCGGGCGUGGGCAGCAACUGCUUGCAAGACGGGCGCCGCCCGAGUGCCCAGCGACGACGACAUGGGCGGCCUGCUUGCCAGCUGGAUGGGCCGCGAGUACUUGGCCGGCGAGCUGUCGCAGCGCGGGGCCAAGGCGAUGGCGGCGGUGAAGUUCUUCCGGCCGCAGUUCAGCCGCGCGGGCGGCCUCUCGCUGCCGCGGGCGGCACAGGCCUUGAAGGGGUGGAAGCGCCUCGCCCCUGGGCGGGCGCGGCUCCCGCUCCCCUGGGAGGUGGUGUCGCUGAUCGCGCUCGAGCUGGUCGCCGCGGGCUUCUGGGCGAUGGCUGCGUGGGUCGUGAUCACUUUCCACUGCUACCUGCGACCCGGCGAGCUGGGGCGGGUCACGCCAGAGAUGAUCAUCGCGCCCACCCCGGGCACGCACAUCUCGGGCUGGGCCAUCGUGCUGCGCCCGUCCGAGGACCCAGAGGUCGCAGACUUGCUAACAGAGUCCUCCG